GGGCAUGAUCCUGGUCUGGCGGCGAGAUCUCGUCCAAGGCGACCGUCGACUACCAGCGGAUCGUGCGCGACACGAUCCGUGACAUCGGCUAUGACGACUGCCGCAAAGGGUUCGACUACAAGACGUGCAGCAUCAUGAUGGCGCUGGAGGAGCAGAGCCCCAACAUCGCCUCGGGCGUGCACGUAGGCCGCUCGGACGAGGACGUGGGCGCCGGUGACCAGGGCCUCAUGUUCGGCUACGCCACUGACGAGACGGAGCAGUGCAUGCCGCUGACGGUGGUGCUGGCACACGCGCUCAACCGGCGUAUCUCGGAGCUGCGCAAGGACGGCACCCUCUGGUGGGCCCGGCCCGACUCCAAGACGCAGGUGACGAUUGAGUAUGCGUCGGACGGCGGCGCCAUGGUGCAGCGCACCGUGCACAGCGUGGUCGUGUCGGUGCAGCACUCGCCGGAUGUCUCGCUGGAGCAGCUCCGCCGCGAGGUCAUGGAAAAGGUGAUCCGGGAGGUGAUCCCGGCCAAGUACCUCACCCCGCAGACGGUGUACCACGUGAACCCGUGCGGCGAGUUCAUCAUCGGCGGGCCGCAGAGCGACGCCGGCCUCACCGGCCGCAAGAUCAUCGUGGACACGUACGGCGGGGGCGCCCAUGGUGGCGGCGCCUUCAGCGGCAAGGACUACACCAAGGUGGACCGAUCGGCAGCGUACGCCGCCCGCUGGGUGGCCAAGAGUCUGGUGCGGGCCGGCCUGUGCCGGCGCUGUCUCGUCCAGGUGUCGUACGCCAUCGGCGUGUCCGAGCCGAUCUCCAUCACGGUGUUCCACUACGGCACCAGCUCCUACAGCCAGCGCCAGCUGCUGGACAUCGUCAAGAAGAACUUCGAUCUGCGUCCGGGCAAGAUCGUCAAGUGA